AUGGGUAGGGUGAAGCUGGAAAUAAAGAAAAUUGAGAACAAUAUAAAUAGGCAAGUGACGUUUUCGAAGCGACGCAAUGGCCUCAUCAAGAAGGCUUACGAGCUCUCCGUUCUCUGCGAUAUAGAUAUCGCGCUCAUCAUGUUCUCUCCUUCUGGCAGGCUCAGCUCCUUCUCCGGUCGCCGGAGGAUUGAAGAUGUGAUUGAAAAGUGCAUUAAUAUGCGAGAGCAUGACAAAGGAGGGGCUAAGCUGGACAAGAUGGACAAAGAUGAACUCCAGCGUGAGCUCAAUGCUUGUCAAGAACAACCGCAAAUGCUUGAAAAACCCUUAAG